UCACCACUGGUUUAUUGGCGGGGCUCUGACCCCUCUCAGGCAACCCCGCCACUGACUGCCACCUAGACACAUAGAGGAAGACGACUGCUGAUGGCUGCUUGUGCCUUUAACUACUUCCUGUGCCACAGUGCCGCAUGCCUCUUGAUGGGGCUGGCAGACGUUUACGAAGUUCCCGGUUGUCAGCAUGUCUUCCACAAACGUGUCGGGGACACGGUGGAAUUGUUGUCCUGUUUGGCGGGCCAAAACGUGACUAGCGCACACUGGAACUAUGGAGGCAAGAGAGUCCAGACGGGGUCGAGACAGUUUGCAGGCCGGCUUCAUCUCAACCGCCACAACUUUAGUCUGACGCUGAGUGCCGUCACGCCAAACGACACGGGCGUCUUCAGCUUUGUGUCGGCCGUCAAUGACAGUCAGAGAACGACGAUGCACGUCAAGCUGCACGUUCACGAGCCCAUAACCAAAGAGCCCGUCGUGAUCAUCAGAACCACCUGGAACGCUGUUAACUACUCAUGCUGUGUCCUACUGGACUGCAUUGCCCCCGCUGGGGAGGUGGUGGCAUACAAGUGGACUGUGAGAAACAGAAGCCGGAGUGGCGCCUGUCAACACCUCAAUAUGCCGCCGCAGCACACCGCAAUGGAGGUCACAUGUACCAUCUUCAACGCAGUGAGCGAGAGGUCCACCUCGGAUACUGUGAUGUGCGGUAACAUGUCCUCACGCAUCGCCAACACAGAGCCGCCAUUCUCUGUGGUUAUGCUCGGCGCAGUGGUGGUGGCUGGAGCUUGUCUGCUCGCUAUAGUUGGUAGCGUUACCGUGGUUGCCUGCUGCCGCAGACGAGCAAGCAGGAAAAGCGAGGAGGAGACAAUCUACGCUGACAUUUAUGAUGUAAAGUCAAGGCCAACAAGAGAGCGCUUGCCAUACGAGGUUGCUUGCGACGACAACGACGCGGGAACAUUGGCGAUGACUGUAAAAGCAGAGAUGAAUAUAUAUCUGUGGAGAGGCGGAGCCGACAGCGGGCUCGGACAAACGAUGGUCCGGCCUAAGAUGGCGGCGCAUGCAGCGAAGCAGAGAGGCGUGGCAGGCCUGGAGCGACACUGCAGCCAUCAGCGUCAGGUGCGUACACCACACACCUGCGCUCAAUCCCAUCAUUUUCUGCUGCAGCAUAAAAGGGGUGAAGGAGGAACAUUCAGAGCAGAAGUAGGAGAGGAACAACCCGACAAGAACGACCGCGAGCGCGAAGAGGGAGACCCACAACAAGAUGAGCCCCCGCAGCAGACGCAGCUAUCGGACACCGAAAAGUGUGCCGCGACCAGCAGGAAGAGCCAGAAAACCAGAAAUUGGCACGAGAGACUGGCAAAACAUAACGUUUAUUGAAAGAAUAAACACGAG